CAUGGCACUACAGGAAUGGGGAACAAACAGACCAUCUUUACAUCACAGCAACUGGACGCAUAUCAGGACUGCACCUAUUUCACCAGAAAAGAAAUUUUGAGACUCUUUCAUCGGUAUCACGAUUUAGCGCCGCAGCUCGUCCCACUGGACUACACCAACCAACCUGAUGUGCGUCUGCCGUACGAGCUGAUUGGCAGCAUGCCCGAGCUGAAGGAUAAUCCAUUUAGGCAAAGGAUUGCUGAGGUCUUCUCAGAAGAUGGAGAAGGUAACAUGACUUUGGACGACUUCUUGGACAUGUUUUCGGUACUGAGUGAAAUGGCUCCCAGAGACCUGAAGGCCUACUAUGCUUUUAAGAUCUAUGACUUCAACAACGAUGACUUCAUCUGUAAAUCAGAUCUGGAGAAAACAUUGAAUAAACUGACUCGUAAUGAACUGACAGAAGAUGAAGUGCGGAUAGUGUGUGAGAAGGUCAUUGAUGAAGCUGAUCUGGAUAAUGACGGUCGUUUGUCUUUAGAGGAUUUCCAACAUAUGAUCGUGAGAGCGCCAGACUUCCUCAGCACCUUUCAUAUCAGGAUAUGAAGUUUAUCUCAAGUGCUCUGGGACUUAUCAACAGGAAGUUUGUCUGCUGUCUGCCGUACAGACUGAUUCGAC